UUUGGUUAGAGUGAUUUGUCAAGAAGAAGAGUUUCCUUGGUUAGGAAGAAGAAGAGUUUCCUUGGUUAGGAAGAAGAAGAGUCAAAAUUCAGAAAGCCCCGAUCUUAGUUUGCUUUACAGGAACCAUUUUCCGUUCCGUUCCGUUCCGUUCCGUUUGACAGGAAGCCCUGCCCACCCUCCCUCCCGUCCGCAUCGAUUCGAGGAGGAGCAGAGAUCGAAGCGGCCGUGAAUGGCGCUGCCGGUGGCGAAGCUGGGGACCCUGGCGUUGCGGACGCUGUCCAAGCCCAUCGCCAGCCGCCUCAAGAGCCAGGCCGCUGUCCACCCCAAGUUCCGCAACUUCAUCAUUGGCAUCGCUCAGAUAAACCAUCGUAUCACUACAAAGAUACAAAGGCGUAUUUAUGGUCAUGCAACAGAUGUGGAGAUCAGACCUUUAGAUGAGCAGAAGGCAGUACAAGCAGCUACUGAUCUCAUUGGGGAAGGCUUUAUCUUUUCGGUCGCUGUUGCUGCUUUAAUUUUUGAGGUGCAAAGAAGUGCAAGGUCAGAGGCUAGGAAGGAGGAAGGUCGUAAACAGGAACUUGAGGAAUUGAAGCAAAGGGGAGAGAGUUUAGGUAAAGAACUGGAAGAUCUUAAAUUGAAGCUCAGUGAAAUUGAGCGCCUUGCUAAAGGACGAGGUCUUUCAGGAAUCUUGAACUUCAAAGGUGUCCAUGGGGCAGAAGGUGUUCUGUUGCCAUGCCCAUUCUUUGGUGAAUGGAUCAAAAUUUAUAUUGGUUUGUCCAUGAACACCCUGAAAUAAUACAGUGCAAGAAAAAGGUGCACUAUAGGCUACUUCUGGGUCAGUAACCACAGAACACAUCAAGUUGAGAGCAUGUCAGAAGUAUAGUUUCAACUGAUUCUUUCUUUUGCUAAA